AUGAAUACCGCUGUUUCGUCGUUGUUGUUGUCGUCGUCUUCGUCGUUGUCGUCGUCGUCACCGUCGAAUCGGGCUCUUUGGGGCUUUUGCACCUGGGUUUUUUUUUUGAAGGCAGGCGUUGUUGUGGAGGUAAAUUGUGGUGUUUUUGUUGAACUGCAGCAGUGUUACCAGAAUGUGUGUACCGUUUUGCGCGCUGGUAGUUCGAUGGCCUUGCGGGUCUUUGGCCGAAUGCGGCUGCAUUCGUCGGCAAGUGAGGGAAUCUUAAUGGGUGAUUUCCUGAACGAUACUGGCAGGAUGUUCUUUGCCCAGGAGGACGUUGUAGAGGUGGUAAAUCGCGAAUUUCUCUUGGAAAUUGCACAUGCUUCCUGUUGUCCGGAGGGCACAGACCUGGUGGUGGGUUUAGUAGAUGGAACGAUUUUUUGGGGCAACAUACCAGAUCUUGGUGCUUCACUGAAAUUGACAGCUGGCUUAACGAAACGAGUGGGACAGGUCUGGGAAGUUGUAGAAGUAAGUGCUAAAUUGGUAGCUGGAAUGGUUGCUUGGGGCGUCGUGCCAGAUCCUGGCGUCUCAUUGUGGCUGACAGCUGCUGUGCGGGAAGAGGUUUGGGAACUUGCAGAA